AUGACCUCUCUAUAUGCCCGUCUGCAGUACUAUAAGGUCUCAUCAGACGAAAUCAUGACGAAGAGACUGUACUUCUCUGUACUUCUGACACCCAGAAGGACUGACAGUAUGAGGAUCGUCACCCUUUCAACCAUCUUAACCGGUGCUCUUGCGUUUGGCCUCGUGGCAGCUCAAACGCCGGACCCCUCAAAUGGACAUUGGGUCGAUACUUGGACCGCGACGCCGCAACUUACAGAAGCAAGUGGUCUUCCUCCGCCUCCCUUUAAUACAUCAGCAAACAUAUUCGAAAACGCUACUCUUCGACAGACUCUGCACCUGUCUCUCGGUGGUCCGUUCAUACGUCUGCGCUUCACCAACGUCUUUGGCACCACGAACCUCCCCGUAUCUGCCGUCACUGUUGCACUCCCGGCAAACGGCUCUUCAGGCGUGAGCGGCAUCCAGCCGGAGACGCUGCAAAAUGUGACGUUCAGCGGCGCGACUUCGUUCAGCAUCCCAAACGGUGCCCUCCUGGUAUCAGAUCCUAUCAACAUGCCACUCGAGCCGAGGAGUGUGAUUAGUGUUAGCAUGUUCUUGGAAAGCGGACAGCAAGGCUUGGACAUCACAUCCCACCCUCUUAGUAUGACGACGAGCUUCUUCGUCAACGGCAAUGCUGUGGAGGAUACGGACUUUGAAGGAGCAGAGAGUGCAGAACACUGGUACUUCGUCAGCGCAGUAGAGGCUUGGGCGCCCAGAGAGUCGGUCACCUUCGCCGUUCUUGGUGAUAGCAUCACCGACGGCAGAGGGAGUGAUGUCGACGGAAACGAUCGGUGGCCCGAUCAGCUGUUCAUACGCAUGCAGAACAACACCAACACCUCCCACAUCGCGCUCAUCGACCAAGGCCUCGACGGCAAUCGCAUACUGGCAGACGGACUCGGACCGAACGCCUUGGGACGUCUCGAUCGUGACAUCCUCUCUCAUUCGGCCGUCAAAUUCGCCAUGAUCUUCGAGGGCGUAAACGAUAUCGGCACCUCAAAUACCGACUCCGCGUCUCAAGCCGCGCUGAUCGACGAGCUCUUGGUUGCGUACCAGCAGAUCAUCAGCCGCGUUCACGCGCUUGGUAUCCCUAUGUUCGCUGCGACUAUCACACCGUUCGGCAACUUCGCUCAGUAUACGGACCCAGCGCGAGAGGCUACGCGUCAAGUCAUCAACAAGUGGAUCAGGACGAGCGGCAAGUUCGAUGCCGUCAUCGAUUUUGACGCCGUGGCGAGGGAUCCGAAUAAUGCCACGGUUCUCGCGCCGGAGUUCGAUUCUGGCGAUGGCCUGCAUCUCAACUCGGUCGGGUACCAUGCACUGGCCAAUGCUAUACCGCUGGAGAUCUUCGACCAGUUUGCUGACGGUGUCAGCGGCUUCGAGUAA